CGGCGUUUCUCAGGAGGGAAGAGUUGGGGAGGCUCUUGCAGUUUGGGAAACGUUUUAACUUUAAAGUCACCGGUUUGCAGGAAUAGGCUACAUAAAGUGGAAUAGGAGAUUGGGACACGAGUGGAUGGAAAGCGAGCACCUUCUUUACUGUAGGGUUGCUGAAAUUCUACUGUAACUUUCUAUAGUAAAGACUCAAUAAAUCUGUUUGAAGAUGGCAUCAGAAGAAGAGUAUGAAGAAGAGAUUGUGGAGGAGGAGGAGUACUACGAGGAGAGUUCAACAAUCACCACCACGUCCACCUCAAUGUCUCAUGGUGUUGAGUCCACACCAGGUGGUCUUCCCAGACGGACAGUCAGGAAGAAGGCGAAGGUGGACACCUCAAAGUUCAUGACUCCUUACCUGGCACACAGCCAGAAGAUGCUUGACCAGUACAGCCAUAAUAAAUACAGGGAGGAAUAUGAAAAAUCAAAGGGGCAGCCCUAUGCCAUUUCAGCUGACACACCUGAGAUGAUUCGCAUCAAGAAGGCCCAGGAGCAGCUUAGUGAGGUGAAAUACCGUAUGGAGGGCCUGAAGGCCAAAACCACCAGCCUCUAUGAUGGUGAGGCUCGUGAGAUUGCCCACGUGAAGCACGUCUCUGAGCUCGUCAGCAAAGUUCUGUACAGGCAGAAAUGGGAUGAGACCAAGGAUAGGUACUUGCUCCCUCCUGACGCCCCUGAGCUGGUUCUUGCUGUGAAGAAUGCUGCAAAUUACAGCAAGAAAUUGUACACAGAGGCGUGGGAUGAGGAUAAGACCAUGUACUAUCCAUACAGCGACAGCCCAGAGUUGCGCAGGGUGGCCAAGGCCCAAAAAGACCUCAGUGAUAUUGUCUACAAGAAGGGCCACGAUGAGCGCAAGGCAAAGUACACGUCUCUGGCUGAUCCCCCAGAGAUGGAACUGGCAAAGAAAAACUUUGCCAAUCGUAGCAAUUGUUAA